CAACACCCACUCGACGGCAGGACGAAGCCGCUCGUAGGGAGGAAGUAGAGUCAGUCAAAAGUGAAAACGGCAACAGUGAUUACUCUAGUUUAAUUCAAUCGGGCUUUUUUCCCAGUACAGAAAACUAUCACAGAGCUAAUUAUUCUGCAUAAUUGUUGCGAUGGGAAUUGUUCCAUAAUCGCCGCAUCCACAGGUUUUCUUUUUUACGCGUAAGGUCUGUUCGGGCAUUCCCUACCUACCUCCACGGUAGCACAGGUGAACAGCUUGUUUUGCUAUCAAGGUGUUGGAUUUUGUUGUGACCACAAGCCGGAAAAGGGGUUUCACGGGGGAACAAGACUGUGAAAUGAGGUGAACCCAUAGGUGACAAGGGGAGGGGAAUGCGCUAUGCUGGUGUGUGCCCUUGUCUGUCAGAAUGAGUGUGACAGAUGACGAAAGGUCAACCAACCAAGAUGAGGAAGUGACCUUCGUGCUACAGAUUUACCCCCGACUGUCCCCCAAAGAUGCCUCCUCUUCCUCUCCAUCCUCCUCCUCCGCAUGCUGCACCCUCAGCGUCCCCAAGUCGACCUCCGCCGCCUCGGUCAUCCAGCAGGCUGUCGCCACCCUGGGCCUGGGCGCCUCUGCUGGCCGCUACGUCCUGGUGGAGGUGAGGGAGUGUGGCGGCGAGGAGUGGAUCCUGCAGCCGGGCGACCGGCCGAUGCAGAGGCUGCUGCUGUGGCCCAGGAAGGCCCAGGAGCAGCAUGCCCAGAGCGACGGCUACUUCUUCGCCCUGCAGGAGGGCCAGCGGGACGACGGCUCCAUCUCCUACGACCACCUGGCCCUGGUGUCGCCGGCAUCGCAUGGGCUGCUGGGACGCGGCUUCCUGCCGCCGCAGCAGGAGCAGUGCGACGACCUGUGCAACCUGCCCGUGCUGACGGAGGAGAGCAUCCUGGAGGCGCUGCGCGGCCGCUUCCGGGAGGAGAAGAUCUACACGUACGCCAGCAACAUCCUCAUCGCCAUCAACCCCUUCAAGUUCCUGCCCAUCUACAACCCCAAGUACGUCAAGAUGUACGAGCACCACCAGCUGGGCCGCCUGCCACCGCACGUCUUCGCCAUCGCCGACGCCGCCUUCUACACCAUGCUGAAGAAGCGCGUCGACCAGGCGGUCAUCAUCUCGGGCGAGAGCGGCUCGGGGAAGACGCAGAGCACCAACUUCCUCAUCCACUGCCUGACGGCGCUCAGCCAGAAGGGGUACACCAGCGGCGUGGAGAGGACCAUCCUCGGGGCCGGCCCCGUGCUGGAGGCUUUCGGGAACGCCAAGACGGCCCACAACAACAACUCCAGCCGCUUCGGGAAGUUCAUCCAGGUGAACUACUCAGAGAGUGGAGUAGUGAGAGGGGCAGUCGUCGAGAAGUAUCUGCUGGAAAAGUGCCGUCUGGUGUCCAGAGAAAAGAGUGAAAGGAACUACCACGUGUUCUACUAUCUGCUGCUGGGCGCCUCGGAACAGGAGCACAGAGAGUUUAAGCUGUUGCAACCCGAAGACUAUCUCUACCUCAAACAAGAAAACUUUCAGUCAGAGGACAGAGAGGAAAACAAGCAUGAGUUUAAGAGGCUUCAGCAGGCCAUGGAGAUGGUGGGAUUCCUACCUGCUACUAAAAAACAGAUAUUCUCUGUGUUGUCGGCCAUCCUCUACCUGGGCAAUGUGACGUACGAGCCCACGGAGGAUGGGGAGGGGCUGACGGUGGGACCGCCAGACGUCCUCGCCACCCUGUCCGACCUGCUGAAGGUGAAGAGGGAGCUGCUGGUGGAGGCUCUCACCAAGAGGAAAGCCAUGACCGCCAACGACACACUCAUACUGCCAUACAGCCUCAGUGAGGCUGUGACUGCACGUGACUCCGUGGCCAAGUCUCUCUAUGGCUCCCUCUUUGACUGGAUUGUGCUGCGCAUCAACCAUGCCCUUCUCAACAAGAAGGACAUAGAAGUGUCCAUACAGUGCUUGUCCAUAGGUGUGCUAGACAUCUUUGGAUUUGAGGAUUUCAAGGUCAACAGCUUUGAGCAGUUUUGCAUUAACUAUGCGAACGAGCAGCUCCAGUAUUAUUGCAACCAGCACAUCUUCACCCUCGAACAGGCUGAGUACCAGGCUGAGGGCAUCGUGUGGGAUAAUAUCGACUACAAUAACAACAUUGGCUGUAUCCACCUCAUUAGCAAGAAGCCCACUGGCCUCUUCCACCUGCUGGACGAGGAGAGCAACUUUCCCCAUGCCACCGACGACACGCUGUUGGCCAAGUUCAAGCAGCAGCACCAGGGGCAUCCCUCGUUCGUGCCAACACCCGUCCUGGAGCCCGCAUUCAUCAUCAAACACUUCGCUGGCAAAGUCAAGUAUCAGAUCAAGGACUUCCGUGAGAAGAACACGGACCACAUGCGUCCCGACAUCGUGGCCCUCUUGCGGAGCAGUGAGCGCAGCUUCCUGCGCCAGCUCAUCGGUGCCGACCCGGUCGCAGUGUUCCGCUGGGGCAUCCUGCGCGCCACCAUACGCAGCCUGGCCGCGUUCAACGAGGCAGGGAGGCGCUGGAUCACCAAGCACCCAGAUCGAGUUCGGCGCUACUCUCGCCAGUCAAUGGGCGAAAAAAGGAAAAGCUCACCUAUGGAGAGGAUGAUGAGCCAAAGCUGCAUUACCGAGUUCUCAUUCGAUCGCUCCGAGGAGGUGCCCCUGGAGGUGUUCGAGGACAUCUUUGCCACGUUUGAAAAGAAGAAGGUGUUGCAUGAUCAAGGCUGCACGUCUGUCAGGCUGCAGAGCCAGCACCAGUCGGCUGUGUUUCACAGGAGAAAGCCUAGUCGCCUGUCUGUGAAGAACAGAGGAUCUAGACACAAACAGAUCAUCCCAAAGAACCUCAUUGACUCCAAGUCCCUGAAGCACAUUGUGGGCCUCACACUUCACAAUCGUGUUAGCCGGUCCCUGCUCCACCUGCACACCAAGAAAAAGCCCCCAAGCAUCAGUGCCCAGUUCCAGUCCUCCCUCAGCAAACUACUGGGAAACCUGAAGAAGGCAGAGCCGUUCUUCGUACGAUGCAUCCGCUCCAAUGCUGAAAAGCUGGAGAUGCAGUUUGACGAGGCCCUGGUGCUGCGGCAGCUCCGGUACACAGGCAUGCUGGAGACCGUCUGCAUUCGCAGAUCAGGCUAUGGGGCCAAGUACACAUUCAAGGAGUUUGUAAACCAUUUUCAAGUGUUAUUGCCAAAGAAAGUUCAGUCACCAAAAGAGGACAUCACAAGCCUACUCCAAAAGCUGGACGUGAAAGAGACAAACUACCAGAUUGGCCAAACAAAGGUGUUCCUGCGGGAGUCUGAACGUCAGCGGCUCCAGGAGACGCUGCACAGAACAGUCAUGAAGAGCAUCACCACCCUGCAGCGCUGGUUCAAGGCCUGCCUCAUGCGCAAGCACUACCUCUACAAGAAAGACUCCGCCAUCAUCAUACAGCGGGCCUGGCGGAACUUCAGUGAGAGACGGCGAUGGAAGGCCGCCCGCCUCAUCCAAUCGAUGUGGCGCGAGUCUCACCAGCGGGCAGAGUACCUGAGUCGGCGCGAGAGCUUCAAGAAGAUGCAGAAGCUAGCCAUGCGCAGGAGCAGGACCUUAUCAGAGGAGGAGAAGGACAAAGCAGCGGAGGACCAAGGCAAAGCAGCUCCGGGAGACAAGCAGAGGAAGCCUCUUCCCCCAGUGCCCGAGUCCAGCAGCAGCGGCAGCCAGGAGAAGCUCAACGGCGAGGACGAGGAGCCACGAGGUGGCAAAGGAGGAGAGGAGGAGGAGGGCAAGCAUGGCCAAGACCCCUCAGCGCUGAAGGACGGAAGCGACCAACCAAAGAAGGAGGGCGAGUCGGAGGAGCCGUACAGCACGUCGUCCCUGCAGCGGUACACCAAGACGGCAGACAUGAAGGAGAAGGCGGAGAAGUGGCGGGAGCGGCGCAGCGAGGAGGGGCAGCAGGAGACCAGCAGCCCUGAUGUCCAGCGGCCACAGCACCUCCGGCUCAAGGGGCUACAGUCUCAGGGGAAGUCCAUUUCUCUGGACAACGUCUCCAAGAUCAGCUCCUCGGAGUCCGACAGCUCUGGCUCUCCUGCAGAGGUUAAAGUACGCUACCGCAAGCGACCCAAGCGUAAGCGGCGUCUGGCGCAGGCCCGCAGCGGGCUGGUGUUUAAGAGCAGUGACAAGAGGGACGUGGAGUUCUGGAGCUUCCCGCUGCCGCCCAUCAGUCCCGCAGUGCCCACCCGCGCCAGUAUCGGCGCCGUGCUCCUCGAGAGGCGGGUGAAGUUUCAUGUGCCCACCGAGCCUGACGGGUCAAAAGGCAGCACGCAGAGACGAAAGAGCGAGAGCACGUGUCCCUCGCAGCCUACCACUCCAGAGAGAGGGGGGUUCUUCAGUAAGUUCCGGAAGAAGCGAGCUUCAACGCCGGAGGAUGGCAGAAUCACCAUGGCCAAGACCCUGGCAGAGAGAGAGCAAGUGGGCUCAUCUCCGUACUCGCCUCGUUCAGGUCAGCCGUCUGGCCAGUCUGGCCGCGUCCGGCGCAACCCCACCAUCAAGAUCAGCCGCGCCACACGUGUCCAGGAGCAGUGGAAUGCAUCCCUCGACCGCCAGAUCUCCGACACCGACGAGCUGCGCCACCUGGAUGAGUUCCUUGGCAACCAGAUGAAUGAUCUCCGCAACCGUGGGAACGAGAUUUCGGAGACCGAGCGCAUCUUCCUCAUGGCCACAAACCACUUCCGGGAGCAGAUCAAGAGCAUGUACUCAUCGAAGCCCAGCAUUGGCUACAAGGCUCUGAUGAAAGGCUAUGAGAGCAGAGUCUCCUCCCUGGCUGGGUCCAAGAAGGCGGAGGUCCAGCUGGUGGUGAACUUGUUCCAGUCGGUUCUGGACGGCUUUAUACGAGGAGAGAUGAAGAAGGAGGUGGCUGAUCCUGUUCAGUUCAACAAGAAGUCAAAGCAGAAGAGGAAAAAAGACAAAUGUAUGGACAGCCCUCUAGACCACCUGUUCAGCACCUAUCAAGUGACCAUCAUGCAGACAUGUGACCUGUGCGGCUCCUACAUCUGGGGCAUGGAGAAGGCCUGCAUGUGCAGCUCGUGCAAGAUGGUGUGCCAUAAGAAAUGCCUCGGCAAGAUCAUCACAGAUUGCUCCACACGCACCUCAAUGAAGAAUGAGAAUGAGCCGGGGACGCUUCACUUCGGAGUGCACGUGUGCGCCCUGACCAACAAGUCCACCCCGGUUCCCAUGGUGAUCGAGAUGCUGCUUCAGCAUGUGGAGAUGAAUGGGCUGUAUACGGAGGGCAUCUACCGCAAGUCCGGCUCGGCCUGUCGCGGACGGGAGCUGCACCAGAUCCUGGAAACAAAUCCCAAGUCUGCCCAUCUGGAGAACUACCCCAUUCACACCAUCACAGGCCUUAUCAAGCGCUGGCUCAGGGAGCUCCCAGACCCCCUCAUGACCUAUAACCUCUACAGUGACUUCCUACAUGCUGCAGAGCUUCCUGAGCAGCACGAACAGCUACGCGCUGUAUAUCGCCUCACGGAGGAACUUCCCCAGUCUCACUUUAACACCCUCGAGCGACUUGUUUUUCAUCUUGUGAGAGUGGCCAGGGAGGAACAGCACAACCGGAUGUCGGCGAACUCCUUGGCCAUCGUGUUUGCCCCCUGCAUUCUGCGCUGCCCCGACUCUUCUGACCCCUUCCUCAGCAUGAAGGACGUUGGCAAGACAACCACGUGUGUGGAAAUUCUGAUAAAUGAGCAGGCGAGGAAGUAUAACGUUAAGAUGGAGGAAAUACAACAGCUAGAGUACGCUGAGGCUUUGGCCGUGAACCAGCUGAAGCUACGGCGACAGAACACGGUCAAUGAGAGGGCUAAAUGUGAAAUGGAUACAAUAUCCAUGGAAUCUGAGAAGGUCUUGAUUGAGAGGAUCAAGUCACUCAAGCAAGAGAAGGAUGACCUGACCUUCAGGCUGCCUGACCUUGACCAGGAGCAGUCGGAUGACAACCUGGACUCGGAGUCAUCCAUAAGCUCAGAAAGCCUGCUGGACGACAGAGGGUUUAGCUUGGAUUCAGAAGGGAAGACGAUGCCUAACCCCAGUAGGUGCCGGACAGAGGGCCCUUCUCCACAAGGCAGCAAACUAAAAUCAGAUGCCCCGUGCAGUCCCGAUGCCAGGCAGAAGCGCCCAUCCAAACACAGAGAUGGAACUCAAUCUCUAUAUGUGAUAGACCAAGAUGUGGGUGGCGAUGGCACGCCUUGCUCGGGUGAUGCCAGCAGCCCAAAAGUCACCAGACGCUUCUCCGAUCUCGACAUCCCUUUCAUAGACGAUGAUGUAUAAUAACUCAGCAGGGUCACGAGGAACACUAACAAUGUUGACGGUCAUCUCGUUUUGCAGCAGUUGUCACAGUUCAUGGCACGGAUGCAAGUGACUGGACCAGAUACUCAUUGCCAUUAUGGCAACGAUGCUGAAUGCUGCCUCUUAUAAUGAUCUCAUUCUUUUCAUGUUCCCAUGCCACCUUGCACAACCGCGGUCACUCUGGACUCAUGGACUCCUUUUAACUUGAGGAAACGGGAUAGAACAAUCUUUUGGGAGACAAAAUCUUCUUACAGGUUGCAGGUGGCAAAAUGCCUGGGACACCCCAUAAAUCAGGACCUCACAAGGACCUCAGUAAACACCCCGAAAAUACAGUAUGAUGAUAAACAAUAUUGUCUACCACAACAGGCUAAACGCCCCACAGACAUAGGAAUUGAGUGAAUAUUAUCUGCAUUAUAUAUUGAUUGUGUGAUAACAUCAGACUGAAGACUAAAAAUUCACUGCAAAUCACCUCAGAAAAGGGGUGGUGAAAAUAGUAUGAUGCACACCACUAUGUUCAGGGACUAGUUGUUGAAUUGCUCUCAGCAACUCAGCAACUUCCUAUAUUUUAUGUAAUGACCUUUUUAUUAAUACAUAAUCUGAGAAAUCAUAGAUGUUUACAAACAUUGAUGAAAAAAGCAGAUGCAUGUUUACAAACAACACUGUUUGAACAAGAAAGAAAUAUUAAAAUUGUACAAAUAUACAAAAGAUUUUUUUUUCAUCUACAAUUUUUGUAUAUUAUGGUCUUUAUUGUUCUUUGUACCUGGUGGAUGCCAACGUGUGACUGACUGUUGCUACCCAGUUCAAGUUGAUCAGCACAACACUUAUGCAUCAGUCAUCGUUUUAUAGACUUCUCCAGGACUUUUUAAAAAUUUGAUAUUAA